CCCGCACCACCGAACCCGCACGGGAGCCAGCUACUCCCCGCAACGGGAGUUCGGACAAGCACGCUGUUGCUGCAUUUCCCCGGGGUGCUGUUAUGCUUCAACAUCUUGCAGAACCCUUCGCCGCCGAGUACACCCGAUCCUGCCGCGUCUCUCAAGAAUGGAAAUCCAGCUUCAAGUUCGUCCACCCCACACGCCGACUUUCAAAAUCGAAUACUGCCGAUCCCGUGCAAGACAUCCUCGACCACGACGACACACUACUCGCCGUUGCAGCUAGUCGAGAUUUCGCCCCGGUUGGUUCCGCAGCUGUUGCCCUACAAGUUCCAUACUAUCCAACUUUGCAUGACAAAUUAUUUACAUUUUAUUGGUUUUACUAGCGGUGCCCUGCUGGCUAUCUGCGGUAGCUGCACAAAGCUGCCGGUGUAGUUUCCUAAACAAGACAUUUCGCCCGCUGCUACCGGGUCAGUACUUAAAAAACCACUCAGGCGGCGCAGUUACUAAAUAGCUGGCGGGUGUCACCUAGGCGUGACGCGGUGACUUGUUAGCUCUAGCAAAAAAGUUCGUUUGCACUAUCCGACAAAACAAAACUUGCAUGACAAAUUCCGGCCCUGCAAAGCCGUAGUAAAUUAGUAUCCCCCCGCACUACUAUGCCCCCCAACACAUAUUUCCGGACGCUGCAAGAAGGAGAAAUGUGGCGUGUGCCGCUGCUACCGGCUCGAC